AUGCUGGCGGCUUCGUUGUUGUUGCUCUACUGGCUGAUAUUUGGUGAGAAGAAGAAGCGGCAGCUCUACUCUCCCCCCGGCCCGUGGCCUCUGCCGCUCAUCGGGAACCUGCUGGACAUGGCCGGCGCCGACCCGCACAUCCGGCUCACGGAGAUGGCACGGAAAUUCGGCACCGUGUUUCAGGUAGGGUUCGGGCAGGAGCCUGUUGUCGUCAUCAGCGACAUUGACCUUGCUAAGGAGGCCCUGGUGAAGAGCGGGGACGACUUUGCGGGCCGCGCCCCCCUCCCCACCACCGACCUCCUGUCCAACAGCGGCAUGGGCAUCGCCUUCGCGGACUACGGCAGGGGCUGGAGGGUCCACAAGAAGCUCACACACAACGCGCUCAAGAUGUUCGGGCAAGGAAUGCUCCAACUGGAAGAUAAGAUAAGCCAGGAGGCCGACUGGUUGUGCGGGUAUCUCAGAGAUUCCUCGGGACGUCCCCUCGACCCUUACCUCCCGCUCAACACGGUCGUCGGGAACGUCAUCAGUUCUAUCUGCUUCGGGAAGCGGUUCGAACCGGAAGAUGCGGAACUGAAGACGAUCAUCGGGUACAACGAAGGGCUGGUGGACACGGUGGGGAAGGACGGGCUGAUAGACGUGUUUCCGUGGCUGGCGAAGCUUCCCAACGCCACGAUACGGAAGAUGAAGGCAUGUCUGAAGACCAGAGACAGUGUGCUCAACAAUAACAUCGAACAACACAGGGUGUCCUACAAGGCCGGUGCGCCCCAGGACCUGGUAGACGCCCUGCUGAAGGCUCAAGCGGAGGCGGCUGCGGAGGGCGGCAGGAAGGCUCAGCGGUACCUGAGCGACGAGCACAUCCUCACCACGGUGAACGACGUGUUCGGCGGAGGCAUGGAGACCUCUACAACCACCCUCAGGUGGAUCCUGGCGUUCCUCCUGCAUCAUCCAGAGGUCCAGGCGCAGAUCCAAGAGGAGCUGCAGACGGUUCUGUGCGCGAACGACCCUGUCCGUCUGUGUGACCGGGAGCGGCUGCCGUACCUGGAGGCCACCAUCAGAGAGGUGCUCCGGAUGAGACCCGUGGCGCCGCUCGCCAUUCCACACAAAACCAUCAGGGACACCUCAGUUGGAGACUUCGACCUUCCCCAGGGAACCCGUGUGAUGUUUAACCUGUGGGCGAUUCACCAUGACGAGCGCCACUGGACAGAUCCGGCAACUUUCAAUCCAGCACGUUUCCUAGACCCGAAGACAGGCCAGCUGGUGCGCGGUGGCAGCUUCCUGCCGUUCCUGGCCGGCUGUCGCGGCUGUCUGGGGGAGUCCAUGGCCAAGGCCGAGCUGUUCCUCUUCACGGCGCGGAUCCUCAGGGACUUCCGCCUGGAGAUGCCGCACGGGGUUUCACCGCCAAGUCUGCAGGGGCGGUACGGGGUCGUCAUGGCGCCAGAUAGAUACAGUAUCUGCUUCAAACCUAGAAAGGCUUGA